AUGAAUCAGUAUCAAAAUGAAGUAUAUGAAUCGUCAUCUCCUGCACCUUCACUGACAGAUGAUCAAUGCUCUUUAAUUGAUGAAGGUUAUUGGCAUGAUAACGAUUUAAUAUUGGCCGCUGAAUUGGGUAAAGCUCUUCUUGAUAGAAAUCGAAAAUUAGAAUUAGCUUUAGAAAAAUCAAAAAGUAUUGAACAAGAAAAAGAUGCUGAAAUUGAAUUUCUUAUAAAAGAAAUUUCCAAUCUUCGUGAGUUAAGUCAACGUAAAAUGGAAUUUGUUGAUGAAGCUGAUAGAUAUAAUCAAGAAUUGGAUAAUAAUAAUCGUCAAUUGAUGCGUAAAAUUUCUGAAGAUCAACAAAAGAUUCAGCGAUUAUCAAAUACAAUAGCCAUGUUAGAAGAACAAAUUGCUGGAUUAAUGGAACGAUUAAAAAAAUACGAUAAUCAAUCACUGAUGAAAGGAACAGAAAUAAUCCAAUCAAAUUUUUCUUCUUCCACUUCAUCUCCAACUUCUACACCUUUACCAACUUAUCGACGACAUUUAUUACAAAAAAGCUUACCGACGUCUUCACCAUCAACAAUUAUAUCAUCAGCCAAGAAAAUAAAUACAACUCUUAGGCCUAUUAAUACUAAAAAUAAUAAUAAUAAUAACGUUGACGUAUUAUCUUUAAAAAAUCUACAUAGAUCAACCAUUUUAAGUAAAAAUUAUGGCGGAUAUUUUCAAGAGAAAAUGAAAUCGAAACCAAUGUACAAUCAUUAUAAUAACAGAAGUAAAACUAAUCAAUAUAGUAGCAUUUCAUUUCCAGGUUAUCGUGAAAAGGGUGGUUUAUUCUUUAUUGAUGAUGAAUUAUUCGAUCAACCAGAUAUUGGUGUUGCUUCUAGUAAUAAUAAUAAUAAUAAUAACAUUCUUGGUGCUAGUAAUCAACUGAAAUUAUUACGAACAAAUUCUAAAUCCUCAUCCAUUUCACAAUUAACAUUUGAAAAAUCUUCAUAUGCACAAUUAUCAUCAUCUAAUUUAUGUAAUAAAAUGCCUUGGAUGUUGAUGAUCAAUUCGAAGAUGACAAAUGAACAAAAAUGUACACUAUUAACUGAUCAUGAUGAUGAUGAUGAUGAUAAUAAUAAUAUUAAUGAUACAUUGAAUAUAUCUUCAAUGUUACAUCGUACAUUUAGUUGGCCUCAUUUAAAUAAAAUGUUGUUUAAUUGUGAUGAUCAUACUGACUUAUUUUGUAAUUUGGCAAAUUAUGAUCAUUCUUCACAAUAUACAUUAAAUCCUAAUAUGAAUGAUAAUUUAAUAGAUGGGAAAGAUAAUCAUGUUGUUCCAGCAUACAUAAGCAGUGCUUCGACAAUAACCGUUAUCAGGUGUUUCCAAUAUACUCCUAUAUUUGCUAUAUUUUCAAAAGAUAUGUUUCAAAUAGACGAGUACUACAGAGGAAAUAAUUACAUAGUAUACUCGAUUUUGUUAAAACUGACAACUAAUUUACCACAGAUGACUUGUGUUGAUAUAAAUCAGCAUAGUCGAAUAUUUAUCAGCCGCCAUCUCAAAAGGACUAGUGAGGUUUCUGAGGUCACUGGAUUAACUGACACAGUCUCUCUGUAGAAAAACUCAGGAUUAAUGUAGAUUAAUCCAAAACCAAUAUUCUGAAUUUUAGAAAAUCCGAAAUUCUUUUUAAACAUUGUCACACUGUCCGUCAAAAUGAUCAGAAGUCCCAACAUAACCAACUCAUAUGAAUGUUCGUCAUACCUCCCCUCAAUGUAGAACCCUUCAUUAUGGUAGUUGACAUGAUUUAUUGGGGUUCUCAUCACGAACUGAAAUCAGACAAAAUUGCAAGUCACUAUUUAGCCAUACGGAAGAAUGGAUUUUGCGUCAACAUAUAAUACUUGGUUUUUUAAAUCUAUCUGGUUUGUCCACGAAUUAUGGUCUCGCCGAGAUGGGCACAGGUUAGAUAUGGAUAUUACUAUUAUAUAUACCGAUGGUUUUAACUUAUACGUGUUUACCGGCUUGGUAGUUAAUUAGUUUAUUUUUAAUCAAUUAGAAAAAUCCUUUAACACAUGCUGAAUGAAUAUAAUUUUAACUACAAAUUCUUUAUUAACAUAUGACUACCGGCUAGCUUCAGUCAUUCAUCUUACCUGCUAAGACUGACUUCGUACUAUAGUCUUCAACAUCCUAGUGAAACUUAAUCAUCAUUCAUAAGUUUAACCUUAGCAAAAAACAAUCAUAUUUUUAGGGUUGAAUCUGUCAUAGUGUGAAGUCAUUUGACAAUCCUUAUGGAUUCUCUAUUCCUCGACAAAAUAGUUUUUUUUAUAACUGUCGAUUCUAAUUUGCUUUAAUUUUGUAUAACAUUUUUUCCCCUUAAACUAUUUGUUUUCUUAUAUAAAUAAUAUCAGUAGGUAUACAAGCAUAUUUUCUUUACCCCCGUUCAGUUUUAAAAGUACAAUUUAUUGUGUAUAUGUGAUCCUUAUCAUAUAUUACAAUUGUUUUCAUCAGACAUGAAUCGUAAAGAUUGUGUGCAAAACACACAAUUAUAUAUGGAACAAUAGUUUUACAUCGAUUUUUUGUUGCUACUAUUUGUUAUAGUGAACUAAACAAAUUAUCAGUAAUUAGAGGCACGAUUAUUAGACACUAGAAUGUCGUAUGUUUAUAAGUACUUGUGUCAAAGUUUUUUUGAUAACUGGUAUGGCCUUCCAGUGCUUCCAGGUUUUCAAUGGUGGUCUAGCUUCAACUGACUCAUGAUUUCAACCUGUGAAACUGGUAUGUUUCUUUAUAUAAAAUAUUUUCGUUUAAUGUGAAUGCAACUCUUGAUAUUAUGUAUAUAUAUGAGCGCUUUGAUCUACAUUAUUCGACAAUAACGUGGAAGAUGAUUUUUUUUUCAACUAGAAGGUCGUAUGACACGCGCAUUGAUACGAACAUAGAGAUCCAGAUUGUUUUAGGUUGCAUUCAAAAAUCACUUUGUUUUAAAUCCUACCAAUAUGUCAGUACGAAUACAGGACCUAAUUUACCAAUUAUCAUAUAAAACCCCAGUUGUCAUAAUCUUUAUAAUAAGUACUUUUCAGAGAUAACACAACUUUACUUCGUUAUUUGACUGUAAUGAAUAUAAAACCCAGAGUACUGUUGAGAUAUUCACCCCAAACAAUAGGGUUUGCAGGGUUUUGACAAUUCCCCUCAUAAAUUGGUAAUCUAUGAAUAAUACAAAACAUACUGAAUAUCAUUAGGUGUUAGUAUUUAGGUAGCCUUAUGCAGUCACCAUGCGUUCACUAGUGACUAGCUUCGAGAGGAAAUUUCCUGAUUUCUGUUGAGAAGCAGUGACCAAAUGGAGCUAAUCCGUAUCGGGUGUAAGGCAACCCAACGAAAGCAACAGAAGACGGUCGCUCAUUGUCGUGGAUUUAUUGAAUUUAGACAUUGACAUCGUUGGAUACCGUCUGAGUGGUCUGGAGGUGAAGCAUCCGUGCAUGUUACCCAAGUUCCUGUGUCCGAUUCUUGUGUUUGUGGCCGUGGAUGCGGAAACCUGGAGAGUCCCAUUCAUUGCUUGCAGGCUUUCAAUGAUAGUCUAACUUAGAUAAGUUGAUGGUUUCAGUCAGAUCCAGAAAUUUCUAAGAUCGCAUACUAACCUUAUACCAGGACUGGGGGGGUGCUUAACACAACGAUUAAAACCCUAUUCUAGUUACGUACGUUGAUCGAAUGUUAUAUGAAGAGUAUAGUCACUUUCUAGGUUUCCAAUGCCAAUAAGAUUACCAAACUAAGUACACUACAUUAAAAUUACUUUCGAACGCAAUAAGUACUGCUUACAUAACAAUAUACAAUACAUUAAUAUUGCUUUCAUGAAUAAUUUAGUUCAAACUAUUCUAUACCAGCUGAUUUUUGAAAAUAAGUGUUGUGUAAUAUUUUGUUUUAUUUUACAUUACAGAUACAUCAAUUUCUUCAAUUAGU